AUGGUAUCUAUGGCGGGCUGCGGGACGCCUCUGAUUUCAAAUGCUUGCCUGAUAACCUCCCUGCCCCCAGGGAAAGAGAUCUGGAUGCUGGGUGAUGUUUCCUAUAAGAAGAAGCUUGAUGUCCUCUUUAUUCAGCGCUUACGGUCAGUCAGACACUCUGCCAUUCGUAACAAACGUCCAGGAAGUAAAGUUUCAAGAGUCGAUUUUGACAGUCAACUGGCCGGAGGGAUCCAAUUAAUAGCUGACCUACAGUACAGACUGUCCUUGGCGAGAAGGGCAUUCAUAAAACCGGCAUUAAACCUGCUGGGUAAGUCAACAGCUGAUGUCGCGCCAAUCGACGAUUGGCUUUUCGGCGCGUCGUUUGUUGAGGAAAUCAAGGACGCGCAGACGUGCGAAAAGGAAGCAGACGACGUCGGGAAAUGCGAAGGCCCCUGUUCGUCAAUCGAACCAACCAAUUCGCAGGACAGGGGCUCGCUAUAUAAAGAGUCGCUCCAGGAGAUCGACCUCACGCUCCUGCUCACGCUGCCGCUAGACUUGUUUCAUAGAAAUGGCUAUGUCGUUUUGGAGGACUUCUUCCGACCGGAGGAAAUUGAAGAAUUGAAAGCUUGCGGAGAAGAAUUUACAAAUAAAUUGCCACCUGAGUCAGAACGAAAAAUAUUCGAUACGAUACAAUUACAACAGAAUAAGGACAAGUAUUUGGAUAGUGCUAAUAAAAUAAGUGUCUUUUUCGAGUCUGAAGCUCUGGCAGAAGAUGGGAAACUGAAGGUUCAUCCAAGAGUAUAGUUAAACAAAGUAGGCCAUGCUCUUCAUUGGUUACACUCUACUUUCAAAAAAUACACGUUUGACGAAAGAGUCAAAGAAAUUGCUUUCCAAUUAAAGUACGAGGAACCAGUGGUAUGUCAGUCAAUGUACAUUUACAAAAAUCCUGGAAUAGGCUCGGAAGUUACAAUGAAUCAGGAUGUAUCAUAUUUACAUGUCGAGCCGGUGAAACUGGUUGGUUUCUGGAUCGCACUAGAAGAUGCAACGCUAGACAACGGAUGCUUAUGGAUUGCUCCAGGUUCUCAUCAGAGCGGAGUGCAUAGGCGUUAUAUGAGAAAUAAAGAUCCAAAUUCUCAAGAGUUAUUAAUCUUCGACAGAGCGGCGCCUUGCUAUCCAUUAAGUAAUUUUAGAUCGGUGCCAGUACGCAAAGGAACUUGCAUUCUUAUCCACGGCCAAGUAGUCCACUUUUCUUAUCCAAACAAGAGUAAAACAUCGAGACACGCUUACACUUUUCACGUGAUUGAGUCGAAACAUGUAUCUUACUCGAAGGAAAAUUGGCUUCAACCACCUGCCGAAGGUUUUCCGAAUCUGUAUAAAAAUUAGGUAUAUUGUAUUAUGAUAAGAUUUAUCGUUUAUUUCAUAAUUUUAUUCUUCAUAUUUUUCUUUUUUCACUGUAUAAAAAAAAAUGACAUUAAUCUAUAUACAGUUUAGAAAAAAUAAACAAGUUCACAAUUUGUAUAGCUACAAAAGUAUAAUGAUAGCAUCAAUGAAAACAUUAAAUAUGCCAAAUUUUUGGGAAACUUGUAUUAAAUUUAUUAAUAUAUGUAUACAAAAUGCA